AUGUCUUCACCGACCCAGACCACGCACAUGCACAUGCGAGGCUCAUCGCAGUCGUCGUCGUCCCAUGCACCACCACCACCACCACCACCGCCUUCAUCGUCACGUCAUUCGCACUCGCAGUCGAACUCGCACUCGCACUCGCGAUCAGGCUCGGCCUCGCUCACGCCGUCGAUGCUCGCCUCGUUGCAGUCCUCCACACCGUCUUUGACGAACCAAGCCAACACGACGCGCAUCCUCAAGCUCAGCAACUUUGACCCCUCCCUCAAGACGAGAGACAUCCACCACCUCUUCGCCGAGUGGGAGGAUGAGAGGGGUGGGUUCAGGAUCAAGUGGGCCGAUGACGUGACGUGCUGGAUCGUCUUCACAGAUCCCGUCACAGGUGAGUCGACCGACCUGGAGUAGAUAUUUUCCUACCCUCUCCAUCUUGCUUGACGACGAAGCGGACCGCUUGCCACACUGCUGCCAACGGUCAGGCGCACGUCCGUCUUCACGCUCCUCUCGCUCCACCAGGUCUCCUGUUCCAUCACGACCUUCAUAUACUCCAACGAAGCUGAAACGAAGAACCUUAUAUCUUUAUGUGAUCCUACAGCCAAACGAGCUUACCUCACCCUCCUGGGCAACCCCCCUGCUGCCCUUCAACCAACCAAAGAACACACCCCGUCGCUCACGCCUUACUCGGGUCCAGAAGCCAACUCGAUCCUGGCAGCCGUCGCGAACCGACCUCGGUCCAGAAGUAACGCCGGGUCUGCGAACGGUGGCCACUCGAGGAAAGGCUCGUCGAUGGGUAGCGGGAGUGGAUUUGCGCUCGGCGCAGGCGGACCACCGGUACCCCCACUUCCUACCAAUAUCGGCAAUGGUACCGGCUUUGGCUCACGGGGACGGAGUCCAUCCUUCACUCGCUCAGAUGGGCAGUCACUACCGCCAUCUUCGACGAGUCCCAUGCCCGCCGGUGGGAUGAUGGGCUCGCCUUCGAGGUGGGGCAACGGCGAUUCGAGUGGCGGGAGAACAACCCCGUCGGGGGCGGGGGCGCCCCGUGCCAGUUCUGAUGGACCGGAUACCCACAACCCGUCGUUGAAUAGUCCCAACCGCGGGGGGAGGAGCAGUCCAGAAGUGGUGAGAAGGGCGAUGGAAACAAGUGGAGGAUCCUCAUCGCCCCGGCAUAUGAAAGCGGGUCAGUUAUGCUCUCAUCAACUCACCUGGGCCACUUUACUGAUGAUCUAGCUGUCUUGUUCGUUCUGUGACAGGAGUCGAAGUCGUAGCAAACGCGGUCGAAGGUCUAACAAUCGACGAGGAAGGCGCGUCGGGUCGUGCUGCAUGA